CGAGUUGUAGGAAGGAUCGGGAGGGAGGGACGGUCGUGGAAAUCCCGACACACUAGCUUCAGCAGAGUAGCUGCCAAGCAAUUACAGCAGCGACGUAUCGAGGGAGGGAAGCUACCGAAACUAAUGAAAAGGGCCGUGCCCAGCACCUGAACCAUCAAUCGGGUUUACGAGUAAAGGCGAUCAAUCAGCCUGCGGGUAACCUUCGGAAGAAACGCUGAAGUGUAAUUCAACGUCAACGGGUUUUUUUGACUUAUUAUCGGUGACAACAUGGCUGAAUGUAACGUUAGCAUCGACAAGAAUAACCUACCUGGAGUGAAAGAGGUGUGCCGAGACUUUGCUGUGCUGGAGGACCACAGCCUGGCUUACAACCUCCAGGAACAAGAAAUUGAGAGCCACUUGGCAUCCAAUGUCAAUAAGAGCCGUCUGGUGCAGAAGGACCUGCAGGUGGCCAAGAAGCUGCAGGAGGAGGAGGAUCACUGGGCCAAGGUCCAGAACCAGAAACGGCAUGUUGAUCUUGAGCGCCAAGAUAAUGAGAUCGCCCAGGAGAUUCAGGAUCAGCUGGUUCGACAGGCUGAGCAACAGCGACAGCAAGAAGAGAAGGAUGCAGCCAUAGCUCGUAAGCUGCAGGAGAAGGAGAUGAAAGAGGAAAGGAGGAGACAGAAGCAGCUUGAAGCAAACUUUGAGGAGGAGUACUUUGAGGAUCGCGGAGGUGGGCAGAGCACCACUGCUGCAAGAAGACCCCUUGACCUGGACAAACACACCCGACACAAAUCGGCAUCCCCAAGUCGAUAUGAUUUAUACGCUCCAGUGAGCUCUCAUCGUGACUGCUCCCCAGAAUAUAGCUCAACAGAGCCCAAAAGGAGCAGGUACCCAAGACAGGACCCUGCUGCCCCCCACAGCCAGUCCAGAUACCCUGAGCACUACUUAGCAGCAGAAGGAGGGUGGAGCAGGCAUGCAGAUCCAUACCCAGAGCACCUGCUGCCCUCCAGAGGCAAACAUGGGGACAGAUACCCAGAAGGGCCAGCAGGGGAGGACACAGAGAGAGUGGUGAGAAGGAAGGAGAGACCAGCCAGACCACCUCCACCACGGAGCCCCAUAGAGAGAGACAAGGCCGGGGGCAGAGAGAGGGACAGGCAACGUGACCGAGACAGAGACCUGGAGUUGGAGAGGGGUAUCGGAAAAGACCAAAGAAGAGACAAAGAGCAGGACCUCAUGAGGGUGAGAGCUGGCAGAAGAGAUGGGGAAAGAUCCAGAGAUAGAGUACAGAGUGGGGAUAGACAAAGAGAGAGAGACAGGCAGAGACAAAAAGACAAAGACAAACAACGUACGAGGACCAGGAGCUGGGAGAGGGGUCUCGAAGAGGACCCAGGGCACAGCAGGGAAUAUCUGAGGGAGGACAGGGCCUCCUGGGAGGAGGACAGGGAUUAUGGCGAGAGGGAGAGGAGGGCCAUGGGCCGGCAUCGGGUCCACUCCGGCCCUGAAGAGGUGUUUGAUGAGCUCAGGAGCGACGAUUGGAGAGGGGACCCCAGAGAGUUGUGGGACACCCAACAGGGUGAGAGAGGCAGGAAACGUUAUCAAACUCACCCCCGCGAAGAGACAGGUCGUAUCGUGCACAGAGGGAGCGGAGCUGUUGUAGCAGAAACUGAGUAUGGACUGAGCGAGGCCACCAAGGGGUUGACGAAGCUUGAUCUCCGUGAGCAGGAGCUGAAAGACAUGGAGGUGGCCAGGAGACUGCAAGAGGAGGAAAUCAAAGCAAGUAAGAUGCAUGUGCGUACGGCCCAAGUGGCGCAAGAUGAGGAAAUCGCCCGACUGAUGAUGGAACAAGAGAAACGGGAGUACAGGAAGAUUCGAGAGCGGGAGCAUGAAAGAGAGCGGGAAAAAGAGAAGGAGCGGGAGAGAGAGAGGUUGGCCAUGGAGAAGAUGGCAAUGGAAAGGAGGCGGCAAGAAGGAGACUACAGGCCACAUUCUGAGGACGUCGUCCGGCCGAGAACACGAGAUGAGUAUGAAUACCAGAGGCAGAAGAACCACAACAAGCCUGCCAGGCCUCCUCAGCCUCGUGCCCAUGACUACGAGAAUGUGAACUCUGGCUAUGGCUACUCGGACCACCCUGUUCCCCCUCGUGCUCCCACCAGACCUGAGGCUGCCUACAAAGGUGCCUAUUACAAGCGGUGACUCAGGCUCUGAACCAUGUCCAGACAUGCUGUCAGUCCUCCUUCGUCCUUUUUUUUAUAUAUAUAUAUAUAAUUUAUCUUUUUGUUUUCAACCAUUCGCACUCUGUUGACCAAAAACCUCGGGACAGUCUUACGAGUUGGAAAAGGGAUGUUUUUUAAUACCCUCUGAAUUUGGGCCCAGAGUUAAGGAAGUGGGUCUGAGUGCCGGAAAUCCACUCAUCAUCAUCAUCAUUUUUUUUUUUUUAAUUUGUAAAUUGUGAUCUCAAAUGAUUUAUUUCUUUAACUGACUCAACAUGAAGACAAGCCAAAAUAUCAGCCUUGUAACAUAAAGUGUCCUGAUUCCUGAGCUGUUGAAAUCGAGGAACCGCCUCCUCACCUGCUGUGGUGAUCAUGUGCCGACGUUCGUCCCAUCUGUGGACCCUGCCGUCACAAGGGCUCAAGGCCUCCGCUGGAUAUAAACAUGCAAUCUCAGAUUUCCUCAUGACUCCUCAUGGGAUGUGCCUGUCUGCUCCAACAUGGCUGCUACAGUGUCUUAGAUACCAACAUGGCAGCUGCUUUGUACACCCAUGCCGCAGUUCUGUUCUCUUGUCAUGCUGUCCAACCAGGCUACACAGGCCCAGUCUGUGUAGCCUGGUGUAUUCCGAGAAAACAAACAAAAAAAAAAAGAUAAGCCUUUAUGAAGACGCCGGUAGUUUUGGCUCUGACAUGUUUACCACCUUGUUCCAGUGCGGAGGAGGUGGAGCUUUGUGAUGAUCCAUGGACAUUUAAUUAGCUGUAGGCUCUGUCUUUUUCUGCUUGUGAGGGAGGCACUUUCUAAUACCAUCAUCCUUAAAGUGAAAACAGAUGGAUAAUGUUCUGUGUUAGACUCACUGUUUCUACGUGCAUGCUUACUGAAAGUGUACAGCCGUGUACAUGCAUUUCAGCUCUAUAUCAAAUUAUGCGGCUCACUGUUUAUUGUCAGAAAGUCACAUAAAGCUAAUAAUUUUCUCUUUAAUGAAUGAACAAAAUGUGUCAACUCAUAUACUACUGUACAAUACGUCACUUUCUCUUUCAUAUUGGCUUGUCAUUUACAAACCAAAACUGGCCCAUAAAAGAACCAGUACCAAAAUGAAAUGCAUGCACAUUUGCUUGUCUGUGUUCAUGCUUGUGCUUAUGGCACAAAGAUUGAGAUUGAGUAUGUCUUUGUUUUAUUUAAAUGUAAAUAUCCCUUUUUCUUAAUUUGUGCUUUCAAAUCAUGUUCCCCAUCGUGCAAAAUACAAGGCUUUUCUCCCCAGUCUUUUUAUCUUGUGUUCCACUAGUCAUCUUUGUUCAGAAAGGGAGCUGUAUAUUUUAUUUUUAUACAACAUUUUGUUGGUCUUUCCUCAGAUUGUUCCUAUAAUUUCCAUUCCCCUGAGCUUUCCUGCCUCUACUUCCAGUUUUCUCUUUGUCUCAAACUCAAAGGCAGAUAGCACUUCCUGUCUGCAGCAAAAGGCAAAUAUCUCCACAAUGGACAUGCAUCUGGAUGGAGGGAAAUCACAGGACGUAAAAUAUGCAUCAUCGCUCAAAGGGACCUAUUAGUGUUUUUUCCCUUCCAGGAUUACUUUUGUUCAUAUUGAAUAAGGAUGAUAAGGACCAUUAGGGCUUUUGAGUUUAUUGAAAUGUUUGUGAUGGCCACCGAGUGAUUUAUUUAAUGAAUGUUGAGAGCUGCUUUCCAGGUCGUUAUGUUGUAAUAAAUGUUACUGAAAUUAUUAAUCACUCUCCAAAAAUAAUUCCCCACCGUUCGGAGAAAAUGAUCCCUUUUCUUCACCCAAGUGUGAAAUUUUUGUAUUGCUAAGGACAAACAUGCAGGUGUUAUUGAAUUAUAAGAUGUGCUAAUUGCUGUUGACAGAAUGAGAUUUGUGCCAUAUGUUUGUCAUUUUAUCAGGGAUUUCAAAAUGAGAAAAGCUUAAGGGUUGUGGAUGUAGCAGAGCUACCACACCCAGUAGGGUGGUACUCGUAAUUUAUUCUUUGGUGAGAGCACCAUCUUGUGGACAUGUUGAGAAUUGAAAGAAAAUGUAUAAAAAAUGAUCUGGUCAGUAUGCAUCUUUGUGUAUUUAGAUGUUGUGCAUCAGACAUGACUUUGGAUUCGAGUGCUGUCUACAUUGAACAUCAAGUGUUUUGUUUUUUAUUUUUCUUUGAUCCAGGGCUUGUAUGCAAUGUACCAAUCAUGAUUCAGCACAUGUGUGUUGGCACUUGCUGUAACUGAACUUUUUUAAGUAAAAUUACAAGUUGCUUUUACCUAUAGCAUCACGAAAGGUAAUAAACUGUAUCAACAAUU